AUGGAUCCCCCACCGACUCGGAUGGUGGAACCCGACCAAUGCAAGGACCUCGCUAAGCCUUCCAUCACCCAAUUCGUCGUUUCCUGCUCGUUGAUGGCAUGGCUGCUCAUCUGUUACAUUCCUCAAUGGGGCCGUAUCAUCUCACGCAGAUCCGCAGAGGGCUUGUCGACAUACUAUAUCCUCCUUGGCUCCCUGUCAGGCGUGUGUGCCGUCGGUAACAUCAUGAUGCUUCCCUCUAGCGCAGUCGACAUCGGUUGCUGCAGAACCAACACGCGCUUCGCCUGUAUCAGUGGCUUGCUUGGGAUGCUCCAGGUCAUCUUUGGCAUCGCAUGCUUUUGGACCGUCAUGUUCAUGUACGUCUACUACUCGGAAGAAGAGGCCGACGCAGAGUUGCACGGGCGUAGACCAUCACUCUCAGGGCCCGACCGUACGUUCCGGCGAGCGAAGCGGGCGUGGAAGGUCCUUAUUGCCGCCUGCAGCUUCGCAUUUGCCGUCCUCCUGGUGUCGGCCAUCAUUUUGCACCGCUUCCCUUGGCAUGCUCAGGCGUGGGCAGACAUUCUGGGCAUCGCUGUGGCAGUCUUUGCAUGUAUCCAGUGGAUCCCCCAGGUUCGGACCACAUGGCAUUUAGGACAUCUGGGAAGUCUCAGCCCAGUGUCUAUCUGCCUCACUGCUCCCUACACUUGGAUUUUCGGGAUCAAUAUGAUGAUCCGAGUCGGUUUGAAGGGCUGGAGUGCGUGGAUCGUCUACGUGCUCGUCGGGACAAUGCAGAUCAUCUUGAUCGUCAUGGCCAUCUGUUUCGCGGUUAGGGACCAGAGGCUGGCCAAACAAGGCAAACAACAUUGUGCGACUCCUGCAGAUUUCGAAGGGUGGAACACUUGGACUCGCUCUCGCACCUCAUCAGUCGUCUCGCACACACAUUCCCACCUGGCGCCACACGAGCAGAGCCCAUUGCUUCAGGAGCAGCCCUCGUCGCGGCGGCAAACCGUCACUUAG